AAGAACCAGCAGCUAAGAAAAAAAAUCCAGGUCGAGGUCAUAUAAAGAUUCUUUUUCUUAAACUAUGGAUUUGUACAUUUUUCUAAACAAAAUCAAGAAGAUCGACCUAUGUGUGUACAAUGGCAUGAAAAGCUUGCAGAUGAGAGUUUAAAGCCAGCCAUAUUAAAGCGACAUUUGGAAACGCUCCACGCUGAUUUGGUAAAUAAACCACCGGAUUACUUUCAAAGAAAGGCACAGGAGAUUAAAUCAUCAGCUGAUCUUCUUCGCAGAAAUGUCACAUUAAAUGAUAAAGCUCUGGUUGCAUCCUACAUGGUUUCUUACCAUGUGGCCACCGAGAGAAAGCCUCACACCAUUGCAGAACAACUCAUCUUGCCUGCUGCAAUAGUCAUGGUUAGUGCAGUUAUUGAUGAAAAGGCUGCAGAGAAAUUAAAAUGCAUUCCACUGAGUGACAACACAGUUUCCAGAAGGAUUAUUGACAUUUCAAGCAACCUUGAGGAGCAGCUUAUUUCAAGAAUGAUGACGGCAGGGGACUUUUCCAUCCAGCUGAAUGAAAGCACAGAUGUUUCCGACUGUGCAACUUUAUUGGUCUAUGCGACAUAUGUCUGGGAAAAAGAGUUUGUAGAGGACUUUUUAUGCUGUUUGAAUAUUCCGACCGGGAUUACAGGUGAGCAGAUAUUUAGCGUGUUGAACUCAGCCGGCGAGGACAUAGUGUGGAACCACUGUUUUAUUCAUUGGCUCGUGUUGGCAUGCAAAGGAAGGUCUGCUGAUCUCGACAAAAUGCUAAAAGAAGUUAUCCGUGUUGUGAACUUCAUUCAGAGCAGUUCCCUGAACUGUCGGCUUUUUGAUCAGCUGUGCUGCGACAUGGGGGCGGAGCACACGCACCUACUGUUUCAUACAGAGGUGCGCUGGCUUUCAAGAGUAUAUGAACUGAGAAAUGAAAUCCAUGCAUUCCUCCUGGAGAAGAAGUCUCUUGCUGAUCUGUUUACUGAUGAGUGGGUGUUUACAUUGUCAUAUCUGGCAGAUAUAUUUUCAUUGCUGAAUGAGCUGAAUUUGAAACUGCAGGGAGAGCAUGACGUUUUCCACAGCUGUAAACGUGUUCUCACUUUUCAGAAGUCUCUACAAUUGUGGUUUGCGCGCCUCAAAGGACCAACACCAUGUCAUUACAUGUUAAUGAUGUCACUGACACAAGUAAAACAUCUUACUGAACUCAUUGUAACACACAUUGUAGCUCUUAAUAAUGGUUUUGGCCGCUAUUUUCCAAAAGAGAGAUUUGAUAAGUUGAAUGGCAAAAGGUGGAUUCAAAAUCCCUUCGCUUAUGAAAAUACAGAAUCUCUGCUUGAGUUAGGAUUGACUCCUGGAGAAGAAACAGAGAUGUUACAACUGAGCAGUGAUCCUUUGCUAAAGAAAAGACAUGACAAAAUUCAGAAGUAGACUGAUUGCUGCACUAGAUAUGAGAGUUGUAUUAUCCUCUUGUAAACCAGACUGGAAUGCAAUACUGAAAAACAAGCAAGCCCAUCCAUCACAUUAACAAGGCAAAAAAAUAAAAAUAAAAAAAUAAAAUAAAACAUUUUGGUAAAAGCCAUAUUUAUGACUUUUAUCACUAAACAUAUGUGAAAAAUAUUUUCUAUGCUCAAAACAAUUUUUGGAUAUUUGCGUG